AUUUUGGUUUCGCCAGAAAGUGUCAAUAGAAUUUAUGAUGUUGGUAAAGAAUUAUAUAGAAUCUCUUGUAAUCAUGCAAGACAUGAAGAUAUUUUACAACUUCCUAACAUUUUAUUACAUGCAUGGAAUUCUAUUUAUCAAAAUCAUAUUUUUGAUCAAGCAGCAAUUAUAGUUAAAAUCAUUUUUACUGCUUUAUAA